AUGGUAGUUAGGGGAUAUGACAUUUCGCUUCAUGCGAGUCAUGUCGAGUAUGCGCUGAUUGAACAUUUCUCUCAAUGUGGACGUGUCCUGAGUGCUUGUGCUCCUCCUGCUGACAUAGAAGAAUGCGAAGGUGUUCUGGACAGCAUAGCUACCGUUACUUUACUGGGACAAGCUGCCGUAGAGAAGGCGCUGCAACUAUGUGGAUGUGCUGCCGUAGAGAAAGCGCUGCAACUAUGUGGAUGUGAUGUGAAAGGAUUGGGGUUUUUUCAAGUUACUCGGGUUGUGCCGCCCAUAAAAAAUAUGCUCCCCUUCAUGGCGCCACCCGGGAUGUGGACGAGUCCAAGAACGGACGGCAGCCUUAUGAUUCGUCAUCCCGAUAUGUACAUGAAUUUGAUUCCUGAUCCUGUAUUCUUGGUAACAAAGGAAAACCUCUCGUUAAUUCGUUCGUGCUUUGUUUUAUUUUUAGGCGGCCAAGGAUCAGUCGAAGAACGGACGGCAGCUUCGUGUUUACUCCUCCUCUCCGCAUGCCAAAUAAUGGAGAAGAAAAGAUGACGGCGAGUGAGAAGAAGAAGGCUGCUUGGGCGAAAGUUCUCCUUCUCCUGGGAUUAGACGAUGAUGCUAUAGUAUAGUUUUGUCUUUCUUUUUUGGAAGGUUAAUGAUCAUUAAUUUGCUAUAU